CCGCUACUCUUACAAUCUCUAGCUCCCCACUUGCCCCAAACUCUCUCUAUCUUCCUUCUUGUGCAACAUUCAACAUGGAUGACUCCACACAGCCACUUCUCACAACCAAAUCAAAAGAAGAACACCAUGAAACUAACACAAACUAUCCCCUUCCAAACCAACCACCAUCCAACACCGCAAUAUUCACCGCGGCAGCCCUUGACAUGGAGCCAAUCACCAACCCAAGAGACUUCUUCACACAAUUUAUUGUUGAGUCGAAGAAGCUUUGGUACCUCGCCGGUCCUGCUAUCUUCUCCUUCGUCUCCAAAUACUCCCUCGGAGCUGUCACUCAAAUCUUCGCCGGCCAUGUUAGUACCAUUGACCUUGCGGCCGUCUCCGUUGAAAACUCCCUCAUUGCUGGCUUCUCCUUCGGCUUGAUGCUUGGGAUGGGCAGCGCGCUUGAAACACUAUGUGGACAAGCAGUUGGAGCAGGAAAACUCGACAUGUUAGGAGUAUACAUGCAAAGAUCGUGGGUGAUACUAUUUUCCAUGGCAUUUCCACUAUGUUUCUUAUACAUCUUUGCCGGAGCCAUUCUAAAAUUAAUAGGACAAACAACUGAAAUAUCCGAGGCUGCAGGAACAUUUGCUUUGUACAUGAUUCCGCAAUUGUUUGCUUAUGCGCUGAAUUUUCCGGUAGCAAAAUUUCUACAAGCGCAAAGUAAGGUGAUGGUGAUUGCGAUUAUAUCGGGUGUGGCUAUGGUGUUGCAUCCGGUGUUUAGUUGGUUGUUUAUGGUGAAAUUUGGUUGGGGAUUGGUGGGUGCUGCGGUGGUUCUUAAUGGAUCAUGGUGGUUCAUUGUGGUGGUUCAAUUGGGGUAUGUGUUUAGUGGAAAAUGUGGUGUGGCUUGGAAUGGAUUUUCUUUUGAAGCAUUUAGGAACCUUUGGGGAUUCUUUAGGCUUUCUCUAGCUUCUGCUGUGAUGCUUUGCUUGGAAACAUGGUACUUUAUGGCACUGAUUUUGUUCGCUGGAUAUCUCAAGAAUGCAGAAGUCUCUGUAGACGCCUUCUCUAUUUGCAUGAAUAUAUUGGGCUGGACCAUCAUGGUGUCUUUUGGGAUGAACGUCGCCGUAAGUGUGAGAGUCUCAAAUGAACUAGGAGCAAUUCACCCAAGAACAGCCAGAUUUUCGUUGGUGGUGGCCGUGAUUACAUCAAUAUUUAUCGGACUCUUACUAGCUCUUGUUUUGAUAAUCUCCCGCGAUAAGUACCCUGCCCUUUUUACCAAUGACACAGAAGUGGCAGAACUGGUCAAGGAUCUCACUCCUUUGUUGGCCUUAUGUGUUGUAAUUAAUAAUGUUCAACCUGUUCUUUCAGGGGUGGCUAUUGGGGCUGGAUGGCAAGCAGCUGUGGCAUAUGUGAACAUUGCAUGCUACUACCUAUUUGGAAUUCCUGUGGGUCUUAUUUUGGGUUACAAGGUUGACUUGGGAGUCAAAGGAAUUUGGUGUGGAAUGAUGUCAGGGACUAUAUUGCAGACUUGUGUUCUUUUGCUAAUCGUUUACAGAACUAACUGGAACAAAGAGGCCUCUCUUGCUGAAGAUAGGAUAAGGAAUUGGGGUGGGGGUCAACAAGUGACUGAAACCAACAUAGUAGAGACAUGAAAUUACGGUAGCAGAAAAUAGUGUCAUGUCUCUACUAUGUUGUGAUCUGAAUUAUUUUGUUUAAUCAUAAAUAUUCUCAAAACAAAGUAAACAGACAAACAACUUAUUCA